AUGCCUAAACCUUCACGUCGUGUUAUGGGCAAACCAGAGCCUUUACGAUUUAAUGAACUCCAUGGAAAAGGUAUAACACUUGCAAAUAAUAACCGACAAGCAACUAGAUCAUCAGGUUUUGGAGAUGCUAUUGUAUUCAGUUGUCGAACUGUACGUUCAUAUGAAAAAGUUUUUUUAAAACACCGCCAAAAAGAAGUUGAUUGGAUUGGAAGUCUUCGUGUUGGAUUUUGUCUGCAAGAUCCUAAAACACAAUUUACCCAAGAAACAUUGCCAACUUUAGCUUUUAAACACCUAACAGACCAAGGUGGAUAUUGGUUACGUGCCUGUCCUGAUGAACUUCUACGAACAUCACCAAUUAUUUAUGUAUACUAUGCUUAUGAUGGCCAAAUCUAUGUUGGUGGAUAUGGUCAAACAACUCCAGCUCAGGCAGUUUUAACAAUUAAUGAGCAUAAUGGACCUUACUAUUUAUUUUGUGAAGUAUAUGGCAAAACAGAUCAAAUCGAAAUAAUUGAUGAAGCAACAUUACCAGAUCAAACAAUAAUUAAUGAGGGUUUGCCUAUAUCAAUUCAUGGUAGUAUUAUUGAUUUUGUCACUAAAAAUCUAAAUGAUAAUAGUAAUAUUUCUCAACUUCAAUAUUUUAAUUAUUUAUUUUCAUCAAAUGCUCAACAUAAAUUAACAUUUAUGUCAUCAACGAAUCAUAAUGUUAUAUUAACAAAUAAUAAUCGUAUUGCAUGUGUGGAUAAUCUUAAAAUCAAGUCAAGUUAUGCAUUUUUAAAUACACCAAUGAAAUUAAAUGAGAUGCUUAUUUGUAGAGUAAUGAAUUGCGAUACAAAUAUAUCUUCAAUACUUCUAUUUGGUUUAACAACAUGUAAUCCAGCAUCAUUAAAAAAUAGAAAUUUACCUGAAGAUGCAACAGCACUUACGGAACAAUAUUCAUCAUCAAAAUGGUUUAUUGAUUCUGAUAUAAAUGCAGAUAUAUCAAUGUAUGAUGAACUAGCAUUUUGGUUUGAUUUGCAUGGUCAUGUUAAUCUUUCAAUUAAUAAUCGUCUGCCAAUACAACUCAAAAGCCAAAUACCAUCAUCGGAAAUUUCCAAUUUAACUUUAUAUCCAUUUUUUGAUUUAUAUGGACAAGUAACAUCAAUUUAUUUAUAUAAUUUUAGUUCACAAGAAAAAUUAGAUUUCAAUAAAGUAUCAAAUGCUCGAGAAUUAUGUUUAAUUUGUCAUGAACAUUUAGCUGAUACGCAAUUACUGCCAUGUGAAUGCAUAUUGUGUAAUACAUGUGCUACUAUGAUAAAACGACCAAGUUUACUUUCGGAUUGCCCAUUUGAUCGGAAACAUAUCUCACAAAUUCGUCCAUUAUCAUAA